CUCCUCCUCCUCCUCUCUCUCUCCUCUCCGGCUUCUCCCAUCUCCUCCCUAUCGCUCUCCACCGGCACACGAUCUCGAUUGAUCCAGGAGAUGGCGAGGGGCGAGAACACCGACGCGCACGGCACCGGCAACGUGCCCCCUGCGGCGGCGGCGGCGGGGGCCGCGGCGGGAGGGAAGCAGGCGGGGGCGGGAGCGAAGGGGGCGGAGGGGCAGUCGGUGGUGCGGCGGCUGCAGUCGGAGCUGAUGGCGCUGAUGAUGGGAGGGGACCCGGGGGUGUCAGCGUUCCCGGAGGGGGACAACAUCUUCCAGUGGGUGGGCACCAUCGCCGGCUCCGCCGCCACCGCCUACGAGGGCACAUCCUACCGCCUCUCCCUCGCCUUCCCCUCCGACUACCCCUACAAGCCCCCCAAGGUGCGCUUCGAGACCCCCUGCUUCCACCCCAACGUCGACGCCCACGGCAACAUCUGCCUCGACAUCCUACAGGACAAGUGGUCCUCCGCCUACGACGUCCGCACCAUCCUCCUCUCCAUCCAGAGCCUCCUCGGCGAGCCCAACAACGACUCCCCUCUCAACACCCAGGCCGCCGCCCUCUGGCCCAACCAGCAAGAGUUCAGGAAGAUGGUGGAGAAGCUCUACAAGCCCGCGUAGAUCGCGCUGAUGCCGCGGCCUUCCGUUGAAUCGGUGGAUUCCUUCCGCCUCCUUGGGCUUGAAUGCGAUUGAUGUUGCGUGUCGACUCGAACUUGGCGAGUCUUGACUGAAAUUGUUCGAUCUGUAAUUGUUCUUGACUGUUGAAUCAUUCGUUUGUUUCUUCCUCUC